AUGCCGCCACGACCGGCCAAGGGACGUGCGGCGCAGUCGUUUGUGAAGGCCCGUGGCGCACCGGAUAGUCUUCAGAGUUUUUUAGGUGGUCUGUCAAUACCUGCGCAGGGUUCUGCCGACGAUGCGGCUAUGAUAGAGGUGAAUCUGAAGCUCCUGCAUAAAACCAGCGAAGUAACAUUGUUCAAGGCUCUCUCAGAAUUGAAUCGUUUAGUGGCCGUUGUGGCGGCAGAUGAGCUUAUUUCGUAUGUGCCGAGUAUUAUUGAAUCUGUGCUACGCCAUGCCGAGCAUCAUAAUGCAUCUGUUCGCGCCGGUGUUUUUGGUCUUUUGCUUAAUAUCGUCCAACGGGGGAAGCCGCUGCAGCGGGAAGUGGUUCGUGGGCUACCGUCGCUUGCCGUAGUGUGGGUAUUGCGUAUGAAUGACAUGGAAAGCUUUGUGCGAAAGGAAUCCCGAGCGGCCUUCAGUGCAGCCAUUACCCCUGAGAUGCUGCACAGGCAUGCUGAAACCAUCGUGGAGGGUCUCAUUGAAACGUUUCAGACGGUGAUUGAACAAAGUCGUGGAAAACCGCUCCAAGACGACAAUUUGGAUCGAAGAUCCAACACAUUGUAUUCCUCGAUGUGUGGGAUGGGUUACAUGAUGCGGCAACCUGUGGCGGCGCGAGCGAAAAUCAUUGACUUUGUGGAAUCACAGUCACUACAGCCCAUUUUACCCACACGAGAUGGCAACGCGAAAAUCAGCCUUGUGGCGAAGACACCUGUUGUGUGCUCGGCCUCACUCUCACUGUUGUGGGAUAUAGUUAACGCAAGGCUUAUGACACCGAAACUUCACUGCUGCGUCUCCAGCGCAAUCCACAACGGUUUAUUUAAUAAUGAAAUAGUGGUAAUGCGGCGGGUUUGGGAGCUUUUGCUGCUGUGGUCUGGCGACAGCACCGAAACUGCUAUUGAUUACUUUGAGGAUGAUUUCCUGCAAGAUGUUAUGUGUAUUUUCGUGCGUUGUCACGACCUUCAGGCGGUGGAAGUAAUUUUUCCCUCCAUUGUUCCGUUGCUUGUGCCCCUCACGCGUGAUCCACGCUGCGCGGACACGGCUGCCGAGUUUGGGGAGACUCUCGUGCAUAAAUUGCAUCGUCUUGGCGACGUGAGCCUGCAGGAGUGGCGGUUGGUGUUAUCUGCCCUGAUGCAGCUGUGGGAGCUUCUCUGCGUUCGCUCUGCAAAGCGAGGCGACGGGCAUGAGCAGGACGGCGUCAAACUGUUUCACCACAUGCUCAUCACCCUGGCCACUGUGAUGGAAUCCUCAGCUGCGAGGGCACGCUACCUGGAUGCCACCGUGUCCAUUGUUGCGUUAAGCAUGAAACGAGCCGCUCGCCACGAGGAAUCUUUUUGCGGAUGCCUUCUUGUCUUGUGCAGCCACCCUGACGCCUUUACUCCCGUUCUUUCCGAAGACGCGAGCGACGCACUUCGGCAGAGCUUUGACUUGCUUCAGGCAGGGAUCCUAGGCGCCAUUGUUACCCUCCCUGGCGUCUCGCAGGAGAUGGAACAGCUGAUUACAAAGUAUUUGCGAAACAAAGUUUGGGAACCGUUACUGGUGUUAUUGCAGGCAUGUACACCUCCAACCAGUGGUGGUGGUGAAGGGGGUACGUCGUUUACCCCAACACGGGAGGUGCGAUUGGAGGUUGCAAAGGGCCUGGUGGAUGCCAUCCGGAAAGACGCCAGCAUACGGAAGGAAAAACAGCUUGAGGAGCGUGAGGCAGAAGCGGACGAAGUACCCUUGAUUUUCUUUAAGAAAUUACUUGAGCUUGUGUUGAUCUGGAAUGACGCUGAAAUUCGGGGGCAGCUGCAGACGCUUGUCGUUGGCGCCUCUGAUGAGCUGUGCUGGGUCAAGGAUGCUAUCAUCCUCGAUGACAUGCGGGACUCUGAGCGGUUUUUGGGUCUCGUCUUGCGGGCAUGCGAGGAUGCGGACUUUUGCACUAUGGAGCGCUUCGUAGAGGCGCUUGGAGAGGUGCAGAUGACGUUGUCGAAGCCGGCGAAAGAGCAGCUGCGUCAGGCGUUACAGCAUUCACUGGAUGCCAUCCUGCGGCUUGUCUCUGACGAGGACGGGGCGGCGGCAGGAAAGGCGGAAGGCGAAUCUCAGGCCGACUCGGACACAGCAUGCAGCAAGAGGAGUGACGCCACUGAGGGCGAGGCCUCAAGCGAUGACAGCGACGAAGAUGUCGCAGGCGAGGAAGAGGAAGAGGAAGAGGAAGAGGAGGAUGAAGACGAGGUGAAUAGGGCCGGAGAAGUCUUGCAGCGACUUUCGUUGUGGUGUGAUCUUCUUUACAAGGGGAAACGGUUGCCCGCACUGUUGGAUUUUAGUGGCGACGACCUGAUUUUGCCGACACUGUUUCGUAUUGUGGCCACCAUUUCACCGAGGCUGCAUGCGGAGCAGUACAUGUCUAUCAAGGCGCUUCGUGUUGCUCUGCGGGAUGACAAGGAUCCCUUGCUGCAUGCGAUGGCGAGGAAGAAGCACUAUCUCGGCGUGCGCCAGUUCAGUGCGCUGGUGGAGAAAGUCGAAGGGUUACUGGACUCAUACGAGGUGGGUGUGGAACAGUUGGACACGGCGUCCCUCGAGUUGUUUGAUGAUGUCAUGCGGGAUCCGUCGUGUGGUCUCGCCGCGUGUGGUCAACUUUCCCGCCUGAUACCAUUUGCGUCAAGUACUCUGCUGCAGGGAAUUGUCUGCAGCACAGAGUUGUGGGUGGAGAACCAGGUGCUUUUGCGGUGCACAGGCGUACCCACCACGGACGUCCCUUUCGCCAUGCUGGAUCGCUACUGUUCACUUGACGUGAUGGACCUGUCGCUGCUGCGCUGUGUAAGGACGGCACAGCUUGUGCAUCUGCUCGCGCGUUCUGUUCCUAUUGAAACCUGUGACACUGUGGCUGUGCUGCUUCCACUACUCCGCGCCGCGCGUGUGCAGGAGGUGUUGUCGGAGCCGAUACGAAAGUUGCUCAUGACAAAGUUGCUUCCACACGCGCUUUUGCGAGUUAACUCGCGGGACGAGGUCGUUGCGCUUUUGGAUAGCGACGCAGAGCCGCACCUUUUGCUUUGCACGCUUGCAGCUGUGAUUCGUGACACUGCAGUGUGUGUUGGUGACGCAGUGCUGGAGAGUGCACGCCGCAUAGCGUGUGUUGUGACAGAGUGGAUGAUCAAUUCCCUACUCUUGAAGGAGGGAGCAGCACCUGUGAAUGAGAAGGCCGUCGCGGCCUACCGCGCCUUCUUUGCCUCUCUUGAUGAAGCUGCGGAUGUGAUUGGUGACUCAAUUCUCUCGUCCAUCACCGCAAGACAUGCGUCUGCUGUGCAAGAGGCGAUGUGUAUGUUGCCCACACUGCCUCCGCCUACCGCACUCCUGACGAUGACGAUGCAUCGGCACCUCAGCACAGCUCCUGUUGUUGUUGCCAGCACGGUGCAGCAGGUGGUCACCUACGCUCAGCACCUGCGCCCGCUUGACGGAUUUGAGUUCCUCGCAGAACUUUCCUCCAGCCGCAUCCUCGACACGGCAGCCUAUAAUGAACUUGUGCAUACCAUGACGCAUCUCCUGAGCCGUUGUUGUAGGCUGCGCCACAUGCCACCGAACGGUAGAUUGUUGUCGCAGGCGCCGAAUGAACUUCCCAUGAGUUUGCAGGAUCUCCGACGUGUUGUCGUGUCCGCCGUGUCAGCGCUCCGCGGUGGGAUUUUGCACGGGCGUUUGGACGAUAUUCUGCGCAGCUCCAUCAAUCUCAUUCUCUUCGACGCCGUGACUGAGUGUGUUGUGUCACUUCGCCAAACGAAGGAGGAGGAUGUGCCCCUCGUCACGAAACUGAUUGCGUUCACGUCAAACUGCCUCAGUGAAUUGGUGACCUCCGACGUUGCCGUGCUGCGGGCCUCGGAAAUCACCGUGACGAAGGUGGCGGGUGUGAUGAACUUUGCCUACCAGUGGCUCUGCGCCACCCCUAUUGCGAAGUUAGAGUCCAUCGGAACCGAGGCUGUUGCAAGUGCCAUUUCUGCGGUGUCGCUCGUGUCUGUUUUGACGCUUAUGCGCUCGGGAGUUGUUCUGCUGCCCAUCAUGCGUCAGAUCACCGCAAAACGCUUGCUGCGGAACCUUCGUCAGGAAUUUAGCACCAGAUCCCCAGCAAAACUGAAGUUGUUUACGCGAAACACAGCAAUCAUCAUGAAGACAAAGAAACAAAAGCUGGCGCUGUUCCCGCAUCUGCUUGCCUGGUGUGUCACACUGAGUGGGGCGGUUCAGCAGGACAUCGCAAAGGAGCGACGUGAGGAGGUAUUGCACCUACUCGACCUUCUCUGCUCGCUGCUGCUCACGCCAGUGGUGCCUGGCAACAAGCGUCUUGACGGCACGUACCUUUGCACCACGACAAAGACGAGUGGGGAACACCUUGGGUUUGAAACCGUUGCCUUGACGCGUCCAAACGCGGCGGAGCCGAUGAAGGAAUUGGCAAAAGGGGCUGCCGCCGUUUUCGCUCUACUGUUGCAGAGCAACACAUUGUCUGUUGUGAAGAGCUGGUUGGAAACGAUUGAGCGGAAACUGCAGGACCUCUUUUACGUUUUUGUGGAGGAACAUGUCUCACCCAUGCUCAUACAGGAGAGUCUACUUACCGUGCUUAGUAGGAGCCCCACCGGUGAGCCCACCUUUGACGUGAAUGAAAACUACAACGUCACCGUUAGUAUGCCAAAGAAACUUAUCACACUGCGGUACACCAUGGAGGAUGCAAGUGUUAUGGUGCAGAUUGAAAUACCCGCCGCCUUUCCGUUGAAGCCCCCUAUGGUUACUUUUGAAAGCGGCAAAGGCUGUGGCGUCUCAACCGAAAAGUGGCGUGCCUGGAUGCUUAAAAUGACAAUUCUACUCUUUGGAGGCUCUGCCAACAUAUGGGAGUGUGUGACAGUCUUUGGAAGAAACAUGGACGCUCACUUCUCCGGCCAAGAACCGUGUCCCAUCUGUUUUUCAGUGGUGUCGGCGGUGGAUCAUCGCCUGCCCGAUAUGCAGUGCGCCGUGUGUCGCAACGCCGCUCUUCACUCUUACUGCCUAUAUGCGUGGUGGGCAAACAGUGGACAGACGGUAUGCCCGCUCUGCCGCUCUCCGUGGGUAUCAAGCUAG